ACCGGCAUUAUCACCAUACUUUUGUCGGGUAGGUGCAGGUUGGGGAAGAGACUUUCCGAAACCUUUGGAGGCGCGACCCCUUAAUCUAGCCCUUCCUGAUUAUUUAUUGUUCCCCAGGCCACGCGCUCUCAGUGAAAUUGGAGUUCUUGCACACUUUUCACGCCGGACGAUCGGCAUAGCGCAGGGUCAAUGUUCGGCAGAUGCGUUGACGAGGUUAACUACCUGCGGGGUAGCACCAGAUUCAGCGAUACUCUUGGCUAGGCACCUAGUAGACAAUAUUCGGAAGCUGGAUAUAAUAAUUAAAGGCUGAGACAUCCUGCAAGCCGCUGGGGACCGUGAUACUUCGCUGUAUCAAUCGAUAUUAACGCCAUGUCAUUUUCAGAAGAAGCCCAGUCGGAUGUACCCCUGCUUUCAGAAAAGCAUUCGGGGAUCCCUGAAUUCCUAUUGGAAAAGGCUCGAAAAGCAAAAGUUGAAAUCUUUGAGACAAGAACCAAGCCAAAGGCUUCAAGAAACAGGUUGCCUGUUAUUCCUCAUGGUAUUAACGAACAGGCCUUCUCUGCUGCACUGGGCGAGCUUGGUAAGCAGUUGGGGGAAGAAAACGUUGAGCGGAAUGAUAAGCCCCUGAGGGAUGGCUGGUACAUGGAACAUCCAAAUACCCAUGACUUAAUGGCGGUGGUGGAUGACGAAGAGCUGGUCCCCUCGGCAAUAGUCUACCCCGGCAGCACCGAAGAGGUGCAGCAAAUUGUCCUAUGGGCGAAUAAGCACAAGAUACCUAUCAACCCCAUCUCGAUGGGUCGAAAUUUGGGAUAUGGUGGUGCGGCACCCAGAGUCCGCGGAGCUGUUCUCAUCGACCUCGGCAGGCGCAUGAACAAGAUACUUGAAAUCAGCCCGGAAGAUUACACGUGUCUUCUCGAGCCUGGUGUCUCGUUCUACGCUCUAUACGAAGCGAUUAAGGAGAAAGGGUACGAUCACCUUUGGGUUGAUGUGCCGGACGUUGGUGGCGGCUCUGUAAUAGGGAACACGGUAGACAGAGGUGUCGGCUAUACGCCAUACGGUGACCAUUGGGCGUGUCAUGCAGGCUUAGAGGUCGUACUUCCGACAGGAGAGGUUAUCCGAACGGGGAUGGGAGCGUUACCGGGUAAUAAUACAUGGCAGACAUUUCCGUACGGAUUUGGACCAUAUUCCGAUGGAAUAUUCUCACAAUCAAACUUUGGCAUUGUGACGAAGAUGGGUAUGACGUUAAUGCCAAACCCAGGUGGAUAUGAGAGCUUUUGUUACACCUUCCAAAAGGAAGAGGAUCUUCAUCAACUGAUAGAAAUAAUUCGCCCGCUCCGCAUCAGCAACAUCCUCGAAAACGUCGCGCAACUGCGCCAUGUCACACAAUCCAUCGCCGUGCGCGGCCGGCCGCGAACCGACUUUUACCAGGGCUCAGGCACGAUCCCGAACGACGUAGUCCACGCCGUGGCCGCGACACUCCCCUUCGGCGACCACACAUGGGUCUACUAUGGCAUGUCGUACGGGCCGCCGCACAUCCGGCAGUACAAGCUCGCCAUAGUCGAUGCGGAGUUCAAGAAGGUGCCCGGUGCGCGCCGCAUCGAGGCCUCGUCGAUCCCACCGGACGACUAUUUCUGGGCGCGCGACCGCGUGGCCGCGGGUGUGCCCGAACUUCAGGAGCUACGCUGGGUCAAUUGGAUGCCGAAUGGUGCUCACAUCGCCUUCUCGCCUGUCAGCCCAAUCCGCGGCUCCGACGCGACAAGGUUGUAUGACUUAGCAAAGAAGCGGCAUGAGCAGUUCGGCGUCGAUCUGUUCCCCGCGUUUUGCGUCGGGCUGCGUGAGAUGCACCUUAUUGUGGAGUUGGUCUAUGAUCGCGCGGACCCAAAGCGUCGCAAGGAUGUGCUGGAUUGCUUGCGCCACCUGGUGGAUGACGCCGCGGCGCUUGGGUAUGGGGAGUACAGGACGCAUCUGGUGCUCAUGGAUCAGGUGGCCGGGACGUAUAAUUGGAAUGACGGCGCGCUGAUGAAGUUCCAUGAGAAAUUAAAGGAUGCGCUGGAUCCUAAUGGCAUCAUGGCGCCAGGCCGGUGCGGUAUUUGGCCGAAACAGUAUAGGAAUCGCGGGUGGGAGAUGACGAAGGAUAGUGGUGAGAAUACACAAGGGGAUGGUGUUGCGCCAUCUUAGACACUGUUUGUAGGAGACGACAUUCACAAUCUCAUCGGCCUAUUGCGACGAAGACGCCAAGAAAUGCUGCUAGUUCGCUUCAGGAUGACGGCCAUUCCUGCGCAUUGGCUGUGGGUUUGACGUCGAGAUAAGCAACCCUGGCAUCCGAGCGUGCAUGAACACCUUAUGAUCAGUGAUGCUCACAUGCCGACGCCAUGCGAGGGAAAAUGAACCAUGUAUCCAAUCAUCAUAAGUAUGGCCUCCUAGUCGCCGGUGGAGCCCUGAAGAGGAUUCGGCCAACAUACAUACAUCUUAGCGAAUUCGUUUCCUAUUAGCGUAGAAAUUUCGGUAUGACCUAGGCGGCUGCCUCGAGCGGGGGUCGACCACCGAUCGGACCAAAGCGCCUAGUAAGAGACAGAAUGGCAAUAGAUCCUCGGAUCAUGGUAUGAGAUGUAGCUGAAUAUCGAACGAUGGAAGCGUACUAGGCUGCUAGGUUAGUUUGUAUUGAAAAUAACUCUAACUCCCUCUCGACUGGAGCUAUAAGAAGAGUACUACUAGGUAAGUCUUCAUCCGAAACAUAGGUUAAUAAUCUAGACCUAGAACCAAUCUUGUGGGAGC